GAACAACAAACAGGUUUUGAAGUGUCUCGGAGUUUGAUGACGUGCGCAAAUGUGAAACAGUGGUUGGAGGCAGGAUAAAGGUCACCUAUUGGCAAAAGAAGAAGUAAAAUUGAUUCUGUUAACUGGAAAGCAAGGUCUGAUCAAGGUCUCUAUUCUGCAGAAAGGAAGUUAGGUAACUCAUUAAGAAACCCCUGCAUCCAAGCUCUCAAGAAAUUUAAAGCAGAAAGUUGGAAAAGAAAACUCUCUGUGAUUUAUAUUAGGAUAUUUAUGCUAAUUGACUAAAACCAAAGAGGUAGCCGUCAAGGGCUGGCGUUGGUGGUACAGAGAUUUUGUUCCAAAGUAUGAUUGGAAAUUUUCAUCAAGAGCCCGCUGUGUGCUUGUAACGCUAGAUUGGCGGUAUGAUUCGAAUGUCAUCAUUUAAAGCUCGCACUACCUUUGAGCAUCAAAAUAUUUAACAGAAGCGCAAGAUAACAAUGUAAACAAAGAAUAAACUACCAGUACUGCAAGACGUUUGCUGUUGAAAAAUCUGCAAAAAUUCAGGUAUAGAAACAGAGAGAGAACCGGCGACGCGACUGACAAGCUUUGAAAAGCGGACACAUAAACCAGAUAAACACAUAGUUUUCUAAAAAGCUGAAUCUGUAAUUUCUGAGGGAUACAAAACAAGCUCUAGGUGAAAGGAACUGGCAAUAUCUAGCCUGGCACCGACUUUGCUGCUGUCCUGGCUUUUGAACGUUUAAGUGAAAGAAAGAUAUUAAGCUGUUUGGCAGAAAAAACUAUUUUACAACGAAGCAAAAUUUUUUCUGAGACAAAGACGUCUGAGGCUGAUGAUUGGUCGAUAAAGAAAGAAAGCGCCUCAGAACUCCUCAGAAAGUACCAUAGCUGACGGAUGUUAUUGCUGAAAAUAAAUUCAAUGGAUACCGUCAAAUCAAUGACGACAGGAGAUGUAGUAAAGGACGUUGAGAUCAUCGAAAAAACCAUAUUGGCAGGCCAAUUCAUAUCGACAAGUGUUCAAGUUUCUAGAGAGUCUCAAGAGAAGAAGAAAUUACUUUGAAAUCCUUGUUACUCUAAAGGGGCAAUCAAGCAUUGCAUCAUUGUCAAAUAUUGUGUCUCGAAGACGUUGCUUUUUAUCGAAAGUUCAUCGUUUUGAAUCUCAGGAAUGAAAAAAAACUUUAAAAUAGCAAAUUUAUCUUCAAAUCCGCUUAUAGAGCAAAGAAACUGCGUGUACAAAGGAGAAGGGAUUCUAUAAGAUUCAAAAGCCGAAGGUGCCUAAUUGAAUUCUCAUCAAAGAUAUAGUUUCAUUGUAUUUAAGCUUAGGGACUAAAAACCCACGUAGCCUGGCUCCAUUGCAAGUGAAUCAUAAAUCAACCGACUGACUUUUGCACGUUUACAUGCAAAACACCGAUGUUAUUGUUUCAAAAGACGACGUUACAGUGCUAUGUUCGGCUCUUGCAAUAAAAUAAGAAAAUUGCUUAGAAACGCUUGUUGUUUCUUGACAAUAACAGUGAAAACCUCAAAUAUGUCAACCAAACUGAACUAAAAACAGUUUCACAAUGCGCCAUAACUAUUGACUCAGCUCUAUUACCGAUGUUGAGUUGUUAGGCCGCCUAUUUCGAUUUGGAUAAGUUAUUUUAGUAAUGCGCUGAAAAGUCCUAGCGACGGGUCAUGUGACAUUGCUGCUAGUAAAUCCAGCGGAAGAAAGCGGGUAACAAUCGUGAUUGCUAUGGCCUCUACGCUGUUGUAUUAUGUUUGAUCAAUUUGAGUAAAAGAAGUUAUUUACAUUGACAUUUCUCGAAAUGAUGUAUUGGGUAAUGGAUUAAUGGAUUGGCUUAUAACGUGCAGCUUGUUGCCUGAAAAUAUCGUCAAUGUACAGCAGCCUUCAAAUGAAGCUUUCAUCAGUUGCAAUCAUUAGCUGAGUUCUAUACACUUGCUAAGGAUGUUCGAUUACAGCUUUGCGUUCUGAUUACGUUGCAUCAACAUUCAUCAAAAGCAACGACUUUCAAACACAAUGCGUGACAUCAAAGAGGCUUCAAUUUCCCUGCAACACGAAGUUGAAGUGUAAAUCGUAAAAGGAUCUGUAACUUUGUUCAUGAACACAGAUGUACAGGGUGAACUUGUAUGAAUGAAAAUUCAAAUUGAUGAAGAUCCAGUUCUCCUAACAAGUCAUUGAUGAUGCAGGAAAGCCUUUUGAUGUUAGUUUAUAUCAAUGUUUCAACCGUCUGUGUUACAGCCUAAAUCUUCUAGAGAUCAUAUAUUGCCCAGCUAGCGUGCAAGAUAGAUAGGUGUUGCAAUUCAAGAUUGCCUACGUACAGAGCUUGUUCGUCAAGGGUCUCUUCAUCAAAAGAUUCAAUUUCUAAGCAGUCGUUUAUUUCAUAAGGAGUGGACAAAAGACGUGCAAACAAACUGGGAAAAACGACAAACUGUUUUAAAUACCACACAAUCUGCCUGCUGUAAAAGAUACAAAAGAAGUCUAUACAAGAACAGAUUUUCGUAUGUAUUAUGCAAAACCUAACACGCUGAAGAAAAAAAAACUAUUAUAUUUCUGGCUAUAUAAAUAAUCGCUGUUUGAAGUAAAGCUAUUUUAAGCAUGACAGAGCAGCUUACGGAAGGAGGGGUCUUGUAGUUUCAAUGGCAAGGCGUCUAACUGUGACCUGUCGUUAUAAAUAGAGGUAUUCAUUGGCGAAUGCUCACAAGUGAAGCAUUACUCGCGAGGCUUGCAAACUGAAAAAUUCUUAUGCUGGCACCAAUUCAAUGCAUGCGCUUUCGACAAUCAUACUUCAACUGAAGUUUAUAAACUUGUUUGUUGACGCAUUGCCAGGUUUUUGAGUCAAGAAACAUUUGGAGGAAUUUGGAAAAGACAAUUCAACGUGCAGGAGUAUUUUUUACAAGAUUCCCAAUAUUCAUUAUUCUACGAAGUGAAGAGAGAUAUCAAGCUGCUUGGCAGAAAAAUACUAUUUAACGACAAAGCAAGACUUUUUUUCUGAGACAAAGACUUCCGAGGACAAUGAUUGGUUGAUAAAGACAGAAAGCGCCUUAGAAAGUACUAGUAGCUGAAGGAUCUUGACAUUAUUGCUGAAACUAAAUCCUGAAGCUAGUUUAGAGAUUACAGCGAUUUAGAGAAAUUUUAAGCAAAUUAUCUCUCUAAUAUUGUCGGUUCCUGAUAAUCUUCAUAUUUCAUCGAAUCUAUUUCUUCAGCCUUAAUAGCGCCUGUAGUUAUUCGACAUACUCUAAAGGCGUGUUGUUCAAAUAUUCAAUACCAUCGGCCUCAGAAUACAGAAGUCACUAGCGAUAAUACUAAAGCAAUCUGAAGAAAUCAUGUUCUUUGCUCCGGGUGCCUACACUUCGAGCUUUCUGAACCGAGUUGAGCAUAAAAAGACAUUACCGGUAUUGGGUGCCGGUUGCCUCAAACUGCGCCCUUUGGCAAAAGACAAAUUCAAAAUUGUUCCUGGACUUGAUAGAUUUUCACAUGAAUCUGUGUCAUUUGAAUUUGCAAAAAGACCUAGAUGGUUUAUUCGUGGUGUCACCAAGGAUUGCUACAUCGAAAGACGCUCAAAGAGUACUGAAAAGGACUGUUCCUUCUUUCCACUGGUUAACUUAUGGUUUCCUGAGUUCGUUUCUUUUGAAUCGGUUCAGAAGUCAGCUCAUUACUUGCGGAUGAAGGACGGUCGUCUUAUUCUUGAUCAUUACGAUGGGACAACAGACUUUAAAGAGGAGGCAAGCUUCAAGAUGGGACUUAAAAACGACUUCAUUUGUAAGAUCAAUGAAGCGAGAAAGAGGGAGGAAGACAAGCCGCUCCUGCACGAGGACGCUUACCGAUGCAGCUCAGCUGGGAUGUCUGACUGCGUUUGCAGCGAAUGCGUCAGCGUUGUUUCAUUUCAAAUUUAUGAGGAAAACACGCACAUCUGCGAGUGCUCUGACUGUGAAACAGAUUAUGUGAAUAAACGACUAGGCAAGAAUACUAAAUAG